AUGCAUCUGAAUUUCAACAAUGUCAAGUCUUCAAAUGCAUUACCUGGAGUCAUUCCAUUAUAUGUCGGCAUGCCCGUGAUACUUCGUGUGAGAAACAUUUCCACGUAUUUGGGCAUUACCAAUGGUUCACAGGGCAUUUGUGCAAUUGUAGAAUUCCCUGCAUCAAAGGUUCAGCUCAGCGGUUUGCCACCCCAUUUUUUUCCGGUUGUUCCCAUGACAUGGACAUUUACCACAUUGCUGCAGGACGAUCAGGGUAAUGAACACAAGCUACGGAUCACUCGCCACCAGCUGCCUAUACAGCCAGCCUUCGCUGUCACAGGGCACUCUGCCCAGGGAAAGACACUUCCGAGUGUCCUCGUCAACUUACAUGAGGGAGGUUUCAGCGCCUAUGUCGCAGCCUCGUGGGCUCGGACAUGUGAAGGGUUAUGUGUGUUG